CUGUCAAAAUUGUCAAACCAAACCAUAUGUUUAUUGUUUACCCUUUAUAAUCAAUUAAAAUCUGAAUCUAUUAAUUAAACAAACGGCAUCUAAACCCUCGCAAUGGUUUAUAUUCACUUCCCAGCCAAUUUCACCGAAGAAGAACUAAUGCUGCAGGCAAAAUAUACCAAGUUAAAAAAGAAAAAAAAAGCCGUAAUGGCGUUAAAGGCCCCAAAACCGGAACCGGAGGCUCCGAAGAUCCCGAAACGCCCCACGGACGCGCGGGACGCCCGGGAAGUUGCCAAAAAACUGAUAAAAUCGGGCGUGAUUUCGGCAAUUACCAAACCCCAAAAACAACCGGAGCAAGGUUUUAAAAGACCCAGAGGUUUAGAGAGAAAAUUAAUCUCUGAGAAAACAGUAAGCGGUUACCAGCCGUUUUCCGCGAUGCAGAUGGAAGAUGGACCCGAUAAUCCCGAAAACAAACCGCCCAGAAUCAAAAAUCUUUACGAUAACUUUGAGAACGUUAGGGAGAGACCAGAAGACAGAACUGUGGUGGAAAAACCAAAAGAAAAACCGGAGAAACCGCGUACCGGUAACACCAUUUACGUCUCGGGCUACAAAAUCACAGAAGACUUCUUGAAAAAACACUUUUCCACCAUGGGUAACAUUAUAAAUAUAUCAAUGGAAAUUGAAAAGAACAGAGGAUUCGUUACUUUUGAUAAAACUGAUGCGGCUGAUCGGUCCAUCGCUGAAAUGGAUGGCAGUAUGGUAUCAGGGAUUCAGUUGCAAGUCUCCUUGGCCCGGAGGCAACCCACCAUUGAUCCAGUGAAUGAUUCCACUUCUUCAGUAGCUUGGACAACAUUGGCUUCUACUAAUUCCCAAAAGGGCAGUCACAAGGACAAAAGGGAUUUGGUCUCUUAUGAUGAUUUGUUUGAUGAUUAGAUUUAUUUUUAAAUUUUUGGGUGUGUGCUAAAUGUUACAGUAAAUUAUCUGAUUCUGUAAUUUUAUGGUUUGAUUUAGAAGGUUUUAUGGUUUGUUUUAAUUGUUAAAAGUAAGAGUUGAGGGUGUCCAAACUUAGGAAAAACUUUGCUUUAAUAAACUUUUUUAUUACUUAGUAUUCAGCCUUAAUAUAAAUGUAAAUGUUUACAGUGAACAGUGUUAGUUUGUUCUACUAUCACUGUUGGUAGCUUCUGAGACUAAUUUAUAAACCUUUUUUAGGUCAUAACCUGCUUCAUGCACUUUAAUUUUAUAAUAGUAAUUUUUUUGUUUUGCAAUAAUUUUUUUCAAGUUAUUUCUAUAAUUUUUAAAGUUUUGGUUAGCUGUUUCAUUAAAAUUUUGAUUUAGA